AUGGGCGAUCGCAUAGACUCGGAUCCCGCAGAGGAGUCCGAGCAGCAACUGGAGCAAAAUGCCGACAUUGACUUUGUGACCUUUGGCAUGCUCAUUAUCGAUGAUAUUGAUUUCCCUCCUCCAACGCCGCCUCGCAACAACGUUCUUGGAGGUGGUGGCUCUUAUGCUGCCCUUGGCGCCCGCCUCUUCUCUCCUCAGCCGCUUUCGACGACGGUGGGAUGGAUUGUCGACCAGGGCUCCGACUUCCCGCCGUCUGUCACUUCGCUGAUCGACAGCUGGAACACUUCGGCCGUGGUGCGCCAUGAUGCCGACCGAUUGACCACUCGAGGAUGGAACGGGUACGAUGGCCCGGGUGACAAGCGCGAGUUUAAGUAUCUGACGCCCAAGAAACGCAUCACGAGCGAUGAUCUGCCGCCCAAUCUGAUCCAGUCCAAGUCCUUUCACCUCGUCUGUUCCCCGAGUCGCUGCCAGGAAUUGGUCACCACCCUCAUCUCUCGCCGCAAGGAAGCUUCGCCUCCCGAUACAUAUACCAAGCCAAUCUUCGUUUGGGAGCCUGUGCCCGACCUCUGCACGCCUGACGAGCUCCUCAACCUCACCAACACUCUGCCUCUGGUGGACGUCCUCAGUCCAAACCACAGCGAGCUUGCUGGUUUCAUGGGCGACGAUGGCUUGGACCCUGUCACCGGAGACAUCUCUACGAAGGCUGUUGAGCGCUACUGUGAGCAGCUUCUAGACAGCAUGCCACUGCAAUCGUUCGCCAUUGUUGUGCGAGCUGCUCACAAGGGCUGCUAUGUGGUCAAGAAUGGCGGACGCAAGCGCCGACCUGGCCAGAGCACCAAAACGGCUCGAAAAAAGAAUUAUACACGAGGCGGACUGCGGCCCGAUAUCGACAUGACGGCUCUAUUGGCCGAUCUUAUCCGUGACGAAGAUGGUGGCAUCGUUCGCGAUGAGUUUGAAGUCGACCCUGGCGUCGAGCGAUGGAUCCCAGCCUACUUCAAGGAUAGCAGCGACGUCGUCGAUCCUACGGGUGGUGGCAACACUUUUCUUGGUGCUCUGUGCGUUGCUUUGGCUCGUGGGAAGAGCUACGAAGAAGCUGCCGUUUGGGGGAAUGUCGCAGCUAGUUUCGCGGUGCAACAGGUGGGCAUGCCGACGCUGGAAAGCGAGGAGGGUAAACCAGAGACUUGGAACGGAUGCGUUGUACUAGACCGACUGCGCGAGUUUGAGGCAAGACUUUAG